GUCAUUUCCGGAGUAAGAUGGCUGCGGCACUUGUGCUGAGGAUCUGGGGCCGCGAUGCGGGGCGGCUGAUUUGUGUUCGCUAUUUUCAAACAUGUACAAACGUUCAUGUUUUGAAGCCAAAAUGUGUGUGUGUCUUCGGCUAUCCUUCAUUCAAGUAUAGUCAUCCACAUUCCUUGCUCAAAACAACUGCUGCUCUGUGUGGACAGGUUGUUCAAUUCAAACUCUCAGACAUUGGAGAAGGGAUUAGAGAAGUAACUGUUAAAGAAUGGUUUGUAAAAGAAGGAGACACAGUGUCUCAGUUUGAUAGCAUCUGUGAAGUUCAAAGUGAUAAAGCUUCUGUUACCAUCACUAGUCGUUAUGAUGGAAUCAUUAAAAAACUCUAUUAUAAUCUAGAUGAUAUUGCCUAUGUGGGGAAGCCAUUAGUAGACAUAGAAACGGAAGCUUUAAAAGAUUCAGAAGAAGAUGUUGUUGAAACUCCUGCUGUGUCCCAUGAUGAACACACACACCAAGAGAUAAAGGGCCAAAAAACACUGGCAACUCCUGCAGUUCGCCGCCUUGCAAUGGAAAACAAUAUUAAGCUGAGUGAAGUUGUUGGCUCAGGAAAAGAUGGCAGAAUACUUAAAGAAGACAUUCUCAACUACUUGGAAAAGCAGACAGGAGCUAUAUUACCUCCUUCACCAAAAGCUGAAAUUGUGCCACCUCCACCAAAGCCAAAAGAUAGGACUAUUCCCAUACCUAUAUCAAAACCUCUGGUAUUCACAGGCAAAGACAAGACAGAACCUGUAAAAGGCUUUCAAAAAGCAAUGGUCAAGACCAUGUCUGCAGCCCUGAAGAUACCUCACUUUGGCUAUUGUGAUGAAGUUGACCUUACUGAACUGGUUAAGCUACGAGAAGAAUUGAAACCCAUUGCUUUUGCUCGUGGAAUUAAACUCUCCUUUAUGCCCUUCUUCUUAAAGGCUGCUUCCUUGGGAUUACUACAGUUUCCUAUCCUUAAUGCUUCUGUGGACGAAAACUGCCAGAAUAUAACUUAUAAGGCUUCUCAUAACAUUGGGAUAGCGAUGGAUACUGAACAGGGUUUGAUUGUCCCCAAUGUGAAAAACGUUCAGAUCUGUUCUCUAUUUGAGAUUGCCUCUGAAUUGAAUCGUCUCCAAAAAUUGGGCUCUGUGGGUCAGCUCAGCACCACUGAUCUUACAGGAGGAACAUUUACUCUUUCCAACAUUGGAUCAAUUGGUGGUACGUAUGCCAAAGCAGUGAUAUUGCCACCUGAAGUAGCCAUUGGGGCCCUUGGAUCAAUUAAGGCUCUUCCCCGAUUUAAUCAGAAAGGAGAAGUAUAUAAGGCACAGAUAAUGAACGUGAGCUGGUCAGCUGAUCACAGAAUUAUUGAUGGUGCCACUAUGUCACGCUUCUCUAAUUUGUGGAAAUCCUACUUAGAAAACCCAGCUUUUAUGCUACUAGAUCUGAAAUGAAGAUUGUUAAGAUGUUCUUGAACUUCUUGAGCUUCCAAAGAGUAUGUAAAGCUUAACUGUGCCAGCACAUAUUUAUCUUUGCAAUUUGUAUUAUAAAUUAUUUGUAUUAUAAUGAUUAAGGUUGUAGGGGCUGGCUGGCUAGCUCAGUUGGUUACAGCAUGGUGUUAUAACACUAAGGUCAAGGGUUUGGAUUCCCAUGUGGUCAGCUGUCUCCCCCCACUCCCCAAAAUAAAAGGUUCUAAGGCACAAUAUUUAUUACUAUUCCGUUAGACUUUUUACUGAAACUGAAUAAUGGUGUAUUUGUUCUCCUGGAGCUGACACAUUUUAUAGGUCAGAAUAUGACUUCUUAAUACCUGUGUGGUGCUGAGGUCUAUGUGUCAAUGGAUUGAAACUGGUAAGAACUACAAAAUUAAUGUUACUAAAAGACAGCCAUAUACAUACAGUAUUUGCCCCGUUUCUUUCUUUUUUUAAACUGACUCUUAAUGAAACUUUUUAAUUAUACUUAACUGGGAAAAGGAAUUUACAUACAAAAAUAUUUUCCAUUUCCCCAUAAUCAUGCUAAUUGUUGUAUAAAAUAAGUGCAAUUAUACUUACCUGUUAAGAUAUCCAGGGCUGGCUGGUUAGCUCAGUUGGUUAGAGCUUGGUGCUGAUAACCCCAAGGUCCAGGAUUUGAUUACUGUAUAGGUCAGCCACCAAAAAAGAAAAAAAAAAAAAAAUUCAGGAGUAUAUUCUUGCUUCAUGUAGAGAUUAUCAUCUGUAAAUGUCUUAUUUAUGUAAAUUAACAUCUUUUAAAAAGGAAAAUUAUAACCAGAUCUUAAAAAUGCCCAAUUGCAGUUCUAUAACAAGUAAGGCUAUUUAAGGUGUUUGUUGAAAAUGGAUAUACUUUUAGAAUUUUGGUAAUGGUUUGGUGUCUUGUUGGGAAAAACUUCACCUUUGCAAACUUGCUUCAUGUAAGGAAGGUGUUUUCUUUUUUUUAAUUUUAAUUUAUCAGUGUACAGUGUAGUUGAUUUUCAUGUCCGUUUACCAAUUUCUCCUUUUCCUCCCUCCCUCUCCCCCCACUUCUCCCCAUCAACAUCAUAUCUGUUCAUUUAUCUUAACAGGUUCAAGGAAUUAUUGUGAUUGUUGUGUGGAAGGCAUUUUCAAUGUAGGAGCCACUGACCUUUUUUUUUUUAUAUUCAGAAGUCCACUGCCUUUUAAAUUUCUUCAGCUAAAAUAGUAGGAUAAGAAAAUAAGGUCUAUUUUAUUCACCAUAUGCUGAGUAGGAAGAUGAAUAAGAAGGAAGAGUUUAAUGGGUAAUUAUGGACAUAAAAUAAAUUUUAUACAGAAAUGGAGGUUUCAUAACGAUCAUUUUGUUAAAGUUCCACUUUAACCAGAAAUAGCAUCAAUAAAUAUAAUCCAACAUUUUGAUUUACAUUUAGAAAUCCAGGUCAUUUUUAAUAUUGUCCACUUGAAUUCUGUGUGUCAAAAUUAGUUGUUCAAAUGAAGUUUUGUGACAGAAAAAAGGUUUUUCAAUGUGUACUUGAUUUUUUUCAGUGUAAAAAAUUGUCAGAAAAUAAAUCAAAUAAAUGCUGUUUUAAAAAUUCAGAUAAUACAGGGAGUUAUAAAGAAAAUAAAAUAUCACCCCAUAAGUAUGUACAAUCAAUGUUU